AUGUCAACUGAUACAUCAUCCUCGUCAGCACUCCCUGGCAAGUGGGAGAAGCUGUUCAAAGUGUCCAUCUAUCUCAAAAAGAAGCACGACAUCUCGGACGAAAAGUUCUCCGAAUACUAUGCGCAAUCCCACGCCGCUCUGGCCGCUCCCGUUCUGCUUCGACACAAGUGCGUCUCCUACACGCAAUUCCACUGCAUGGCCGACAAAGCCAAGCAGCCCAUCACGGCCAUGUUCGGUCCGGACGCUCUCAGCCCUCAGAAUCCGAUGCAGGUCAUGCCCUACGAUGGCUGUUCCACCUUUGUCUUUGCCAAGCUAGAGGAUGCCCAGGCCUUCUUCCACGAUCCAGAGACCACCACUGUGCUCGGUCCGGACGCCGUCAAUUUCACCGAUCCUUCCACCUUGCAGAUUGCCAUCGGUCAAGAAUUCGUCGCCAUCAAAGACGGCAAGGCGCAGCACGAAUAA